GUUCUCCGCAACCACGUUUUCCCGCCAAAGAAUUUUUACCUCUUAGAUUAUCUAACUAAGUAAACGUCUCCCAGUCAUUUGAUUUAAGUUAGUUGAGAAGUGCAUGCCUUGUGUAGCAUGAAAGUCCUAAGAAAUGCUUCAAUUGGUUUUUUUUCCGUCUUUGUUGAUGUUUGCUUGUUGAACAUCUACGUCUUGCAGGCACCUUUCAAGUAGUCGUGACUGAAUGCUUCCCAUGGUUCCGAAAAAGGAGGUCGCUCUAUUCAUGACCUGUUGCUGUUCUUAGUUACUGCGUACUUACUCCAAUUUGAUGAUUUACCUCCUCCUAUUAACCACUUCUGACUAUAAAGUAGAAGCUGAAUCACAAGUGCUAUCGAGAUUGCCGGCGAUCGCAAGUCGAACGAGAUGGCUUAAUAUUAAGUUAAUAAGAAUCAAAGAAAUCUUACUAGAAGACAGUCUGCCUAAUCGAUUCACAUCAUCAAGAGCCAGGGACUAACAAGAUGCAGCGUGUGGUCGUGGAGAUUCGUCUGCCAGAUGGAGCGCAGAUCCGAUUCGGGCGUGCUGGGGAGUUGAGUCUCGAGUUGGAUGCGCAGAACCGAGAAGGGGCUCUGUUGUAUCCGUUGAGCUUCAAGCAGUUACGGCCUCUGGACCUUCUGAUCGCGGUGAAGCGGCGUUUGCACAAGCUACGCGUCGCCAGUCGGGAUUUCACCACCGCGCCUACGACGGGAGUUGAUGGCGGUGCGGUUCACGGAAGAGCGAACUCCAAAGACACCAGGACCGAAGUACAGGAAAACGCGGGAACUUUGGAUUACACGGCUCACCGUUUGGUCCUCACAACCCCUUUGCAGUGCCUGCGGCUCUACAAUAACUGCGCCAGCAGCAAUUAUUACGGCCGCGUACUGGAUAAUACAACGUACCUGGGGCACGCGAGCGACUACUCGCUGCUGGACGGCCUCUGCGGAAGCAACUUGCAAGACGAGGCUCCAUUUUCGGAAACGGAAAAUCAAAAUUUUCAGCAAUGGUGCUCCUCAAAGGGGGUGCAGAGCUCGGGCCCGCCCCUUAGUGCCGACUACUACCUUCCUGGUUCUAGCACCGACGCAGCGGCGGCAGCAAUCACGACUCCUCG